UAGAUGUGAUGUUAGAAACAGGAGCUCCGUAUUCAUCACAGUUCAUUUUAUUACCGUGAGUUCAGCCCCGUUCUGCCGGUGACCGACAGCUACGAGCCGCCGGGGACGAUGGUGGAUUUGUCCGAGAGUGGUGCAGUGUCGCCCGGGCACGGCAGCAGACACGGACCGGGCUCCGGCUCCGGCAACAACGGCAAGAAAACGUCGAAAAAGUCGCGGACGAGAAGAGGCAAACGGGGCCGAAAGAGACGGAAUAAAAAGAACAACAGGAACAACAGAACACCGCCGCCGUAUUUCCCUCCGGAGGCUGAAGAAGGAAACAUUGAGUACAAGCUGAAGCUGGUGAAUCCCACUCAGUACCGAUUCGAGCACCUCGCCACGCAGCUCAAGUGGCGGCUGCAGGAGGGCCGCGGCGAGGCCGUGUACCAGAUCGGUGUGGAGGAUAACGGCCUGUUGGUCGGCCUGACCGACGCCGACAUGAAGGCCUCGCUCAAGACCUUAAAGAGGAUGGCCGAGAAAGUCGGCGCUGACAUCACUCUGCUCAGAGAGCGCGAGGUCGACUACGACUCGGACAGAAACACCCGCAAGAUCGCAGAAGUCCUCGUCAGGAAAGUUCCAGACGAUCAGCAGUUCCUGGACCUACGGGUGGCGGUUCUGGGGAACGUGGAUUCGGGGAAGUCGACCCUGCUGGGCGUGCUGACGCAGGGCGAGCUGGACAACGGGCGCGGCCGGGCGCGGCUCAACCUCUUCAGACAUCUGCACGAGAUCCAGACGGGACGAACCUCCAGCAUCAGCUUCGAGAUCCUCGGCUUCAACAGCAAGGGAGAGGUGGUGAACUACAGUGAGUCCCGGACGGCCGAGGAGAUCUGUGAGAGCUCCUCUAAGAUGAUCACCUUCAUUGAUCUGGCCGGACACCACAAGUACCUGAAGACGACCAUCUUCGGCCUCACCAGCUACUGCCCCGACUCCGCCAUGCUGGUUGUGAGCGCCAACACAGGCAUCGCCGGUACGACCCGGGAGCACUUGGGCCUGGCCAUGGCGUUGAAAGUUCCCAUCUUCAUUGUGGUCAGUAAAGUGGACCUGUGCUCCCGCGGCACCGUGGACAGAACCGUCCGGCAGCUGGAGCGAGUCCUGAAGCAGCCGGGCUGCAACAAGGUGCCCAUGGUGGUGUCGAGCCCCGACGACGCCGUGACCGCCGCGCAGCAGUUCACCCAGUCUGCAUGCAUCACACCUAUCUUCACCUUGUCCAGUGUGUCUGGAGAAAGUCUGGACCUGCUGAAGGUUUUCUUGAACAUCCUGCCUCCACUCAGCAACAGCAAGGAGCAGGAGGAGCUGAUGCAGCAGCUCACAGAGUUCCAGGUGGAUGAGAUCUACUCUGUUCCUGAUGUUGGGACCGUGGUGGGAGGAACUCUGUACAGCGGCGUGUGCAGGGAGGGCGAGCGGCUGGUGGUUGGGCCGACUGACGAGGGUCGCUUCCUGCGUCUGAAGGUUGGCAGCAUCCAGAGGAACCGCUCGGCCUGCAGGGUGCUGCGGGCCGGGCAGGCCGCCACGCUCGCUCUGGGAAACUUCGACCGCUCGCUGCUGCGCAAGGGUAUGGUGAUGGUCAGUCCCAAGAUGAACCCGACCAUCUGCUGUCAGUUCGAGGCCGCCAUCGUCCUGCUCUUCCAUGCCAAGACCUUCCGCCGGGGGUCACAGGUCACCGUGCACGUGGGCAACGUCAGGCAGACGGCUACCGUGGAGUGCCUUCAUGGAAAGGACGAGCUGCGUACGGGCGAGCGAGCCGUCGUUCGAUUCCGCUUCAUCAAACACCCCGAGUACCUGCGUCUGGGCGCCAAGCUGCUGUUCAGGGAGGGCGUCACCAAGGGCAUCGGCCACGUGGCCCGCCUGCUGCCGCCCUCCCAGAACCACGACCAGAACCAGAACCAGGACCAGAACCUGCAGGAGCCCUGAGGAGAUUAAUCCGCCCGUCCUGGAUCUAAACUUCUGUCCUCGUUCGCUUCCGCUGAGAGUCCACCAUCACCAUCAUCAUCAUCAUCAUCACCGUCGUCAUCAGUCCGUGAGUUAAAGCCGGCUGACCUCAGGGGACUUAAGCCGGACGUUUAAUCUGAAGCCUCCGUUUGAUUGAAGAGGCUCCGUUUCCUCGGGCAGCAGAUUAUUUGUGAGGGAUGUGUUCCUUCAGACGCUCAGACUGAACAUGAAGCCUGCAGAGGGGGAUUAUCUCCAGCGGUCUAACGUGCACCAACAUGUUUUUCCAGCUUGCAAAGUUCAACACGUGAAUGUUUUUGGAGUCUUCUGGAAGGUUUUAUAGGGGAAAAGAGUUAAAGAGUGUUUUUAUCCAUGGUUACGUUCAUUUUCACCAUCAGUUAACCCGUUAAAGAUUUAAUUUAAAUCAUUUGGGUCAGUAAAUAAUGUCCAAUGUCUUGUUUUGUCUGAAUCAGAGUUCCCACAGUCAUGGAAGUUUUGCAGGCCUAGAAAAGUCUUUGGAAUCCUUUGAAGUUUUGUUGAAUGAUGCCAUGAAAUUGUUGCGGUAAAAAUAAAUGUAUUUAUUAAAAGAACAAAACAGCAAAUUUACUUUAAAUUUUUUCCGCCAUUUUUUUUCUUUAGGUUGAGAAAUAAUAUUUUCACAUUUUAAUUUUGCUGCAUUGUUUCCCAGACUUUCAUUCACACAGUUAUGGACAUUUUUAUAAAAAAGUCCUUGAAGAGUUAUUGAAAAGUUUGGAAAUGUUGUCCAUGAGAAUGUGAAAACCCUGUAAAUCCCAAAGAUAUUCAGUUUUCAAUGAUUUAACACAGAGAAAAGCUCACGGGACAAACUUUAAGCACAGACUGAGUUUGACUGAAGAGAUUAUCAACGUUUGAAUCAUUAAUAAUUAACAGAUCUGUCCUUGAAUCAAGACGUUUUGGUGGACUGGAGUUGAUGUGUAAAAACUAAGUUUCUCCUGCACAUUUCCUGCUUUUCUCCGUUUUAAAUCCCAUUAAAGUGAAUAUUUGGGGUUUUGGACUGACUAAACAAGACAUUUAGAGACGUCACUUUGGACUUUGGAUAAUGAAAAUAAUCGUUCUUAUAACUCGUUCUGUUGCCCUCCGUUCUUUUGCACUUUGUCACUUUUAAUUAUUAACAUGAAUCCUUUGAGUCAGUAACUGAAACUUUUUCAGCCCGGAACAGAAUUAAUCAUCGAUCAGUAAACACAGUUUCACCAGCCUGAUCGCACAAAGUGAAAUGACCUCGACUUCUUAACCCUGAACUCUGGUGAGAUGUGAUGUGUGAAACUUACGAAGAAUUAGUCGGACAAACUGCGAACAGACUUUCACCAGGAGAACGCGGUUCAUGUCCGUGUCAAAACAAAAGUAAACAAGUUUCUUCAUAACUUCCGUGGCUCACGACUUGUGAAUCACGUUUUGUUUUUACGUAACUAAUGUUAACGUAACCGAUAUUAUUUAUUUAACGGUUUUUACUUAACUUACAGCUUUUUAGGUAACUAAGGUUGUUUACAUAACUUCCGUUGUUUAUGUAAUUUACAUUAUUUACAUAAGUAACGUUUCUGUAACUUCCGUUUUUACACAACUAACUUUUUUUUUACGGAACUUACAUUUUUAUGGAACUUAUGUUAUUAAUGUAACUUCCGUUGUUUACGUAAUUUACAUUUUUUACGUAAUGAAAAGUUUUUACGUAACUAACUGUUUUUACAUAGCUAAUGUUCUUCAUGUUAGUUCCAUUGUUUACGUAACUUCUGUGUCUUCACUACGACGUGUGCGCUAUUUUUUAAACUUAAUUUUCACACAUUACAAGCCACCAACACGUAAUUCGGGUGUGAAGAAGUCGUGGACGUUUCCUGUGACUUUAUGCGAUCAGGCUGGUUUCACUGCUCAAGUGUUGGAGGAAUAAAUGUGUCAUUAAAUGUGUUUUGGGGAAUAAAACAGAUGUUUUUCUCGGUCGCAGCCUUACAGCAGCUUCAGUCUCUCUGCAGAGCGACUGACGUAUUUUUGCAUCUUCUGGUUUGUUCCGACUGUCGUUCCGUAGGUUUGAUGUUCAGGCGGCUUUUUGCAGCGAAACAUAACCUGCAUGCUCUUCGACUGGCAGAAAAUAACUCCGAUCUAAUACUAUCUGCCCGUGUUGAAACUGUUUUUAAGUUCAUUCUUCUGAGGUUUUGUGCAAUUGUGAAGCUCGAUAUGGAAUGUACCGUCCCGGCCGUGUGUAGCAUCAGAUGGAGUCGCUGUUUGCACUUUGUGUUGAUUCUGCAUGUGUGUCGGUCUGCAGAGCGCCAAACAAACAGUUUGUUUUCCCUCCGACUAAUAAAGAAACUGUUCAGAUA